AUGGGUGGUAUAUCAAUUUGGUGCAUGCAUUUCAUUAGUAACCGAGCCAUCGACCUCGCCGACGGACAAGCCGACCUGCAAGUUGCCUACUCGAGUGGUUUUACUACCAUAUCCUUCUUCGUCCCCAUCAUCGUGCUUCUCGCUGCCUUCGUCGCUGUCGGAACGAAUAACCGCGUGUCUUGGUGGAGAGUCUGCGCUGGCGGUCUCCUUUGUGGCACUGCCGUCUGUGGCAUGCAUUACCUGGGCAAUGCCUCCAUUGCCAACUAUGUUUGCGUCUACCGGCCCGCAUAUGUUAUUGGUUCAGCAAUUAUCGCUGUUGUUGCCAGCAUCGUCGCUCUCGCCAUGUUUUUCGUAUUCCGAGCGGCUUGGGCGUCCUCUUGGUGGAAGCUAGCCAUCUCCGCCGUCAUACUAGCUGGUGCCGUGUCUGGAAUGCAUUGGUGUGCUGCCGUCGCCACGCAAUAUCGCCUAAUCAAUUCCAAGCCCGAGGGCAACGGGCCUUCACGAACUGCCACUGUCAUAGUUGUCAUUUGUCUAGUUACCAUUUUCGACAAGAGCGGGAGAAUCUUGGUCACUACUGAUGGACUCAUCCCCAGUACUCUCGUCACGGACUCCUUCUUGGAAAAGCAUUCCAAGGAGGGUUUCAACAUUGGCCAUCCUCUGUUCCACUGGAUGUUUCACGCUUCUCGAAAUUGGGGUGGCAUCUCUGGCCUCAUCGGCGGCAUGCGACAUCAUCUAGCCGUGUUGCCACAUUCUGGCCGUGAGAGGGAUGGAAGGCAUGGCAUCCGGCUCAUCGAUGAACGUGGCGAAAUGAUUGGGGAUUACGACGUCAUAUUCCGGGAGCUCUUUUGCCUCGCUGCUGCCUCUCUAGCUGAUCGGUUAAGGGACAACAUUACGUCUGCAGGAGUGCUCUGGGACGAGAUCCUGCCAACGGGCGCGCUCGGGAAGCGAUCCCGUUCACAGCUUCAACAGAAUUCGUCUUGGGAUACCAGUUCGGACCAUGGCUCCCUUUCAGAAAACCUGGGAGCCGACGUCGAAAAAGGCAUCAACCUCUGGGAGCAAGAAUAUGCCGGUGGAUCGCUGAUGUUCUUGGUUCGAAGAAUUGAGUCGGAUCGAGACGCCGAGCGAUAUGUAUCUGCUGGUUAUCGCUUCGCCGAAACCCAGCAAGUCAGUUGCAUUAUCCGCACGAGCAUGCAGAUUAAGAGCGCAGGGUUUGACCAAAAGCUUCGCGACAUGGUCAGUUACACGACUCGACAGAAAAAUACUCACGCCGGUGUGCAACUGGGCUUCUUUGCCAUCCGAGCCCGGCCUAAUUCUCUUGGGUUUGAGAUCAUGGUGCGAAAGGGGGCGAGGGACAUGCUUCCAUCGAUGUCGCUUCCCAUGUCUAAGCUCAGGGACUGGCAUAUGGAGUUCCUAAGGCGGUUUGAGAACCUGACGGUAUCUGAGCUUCUUCGAGCCUUGACUGAAGAAGACUUCUCAUCACAAUCCCCAAAGGAGGGCGAAUUCGCGGGUCAGCUUGUGGAAGUCAUCGAAGGCCUCCGGGAAUGGACCCAAGAGACCUUGUUUAACGAAGCCACCCUCACCUCGACCGUCGUUGAACUACCAUCCAUGGGGGAUUAUAGCUCAAAGCGGUCGACUAUGAUUACGAUGCGCCUCAUGCAUCAGAUUCCAGCCAAAUUCGGACACGAGUUUACACGAGGUGUUCUUGAGGAAUUCGGACCCAUAAUCAAGAAGAGCGCAGCUAGAGCACAAGAACCCAGGAAGAAUGGUGCGGGCCUGCUAUCCAAGCUGUGGCGAUCUGGAAGUUCGAGCGCAUCGACAGGAAGCAACUCGGCCUCAUCAAAGGCCAAUGGGGGCCGCCGAGGCUCAUCGCCCGACUCGGUGCGAACUGGUUCAACCAUCAACUUGUGCGCACCCAGCAACGUCGAUCGCACUCACUCGAUUGAUUCCGGAGAUGACUCGAUGUACGCUAGUCGAAACGAUUCAUCCUCGGCGCCACCAUCGUAUGGGGGAAUCAUGGUGUUCCGGGAAAUCAAGAUCGAUGUUGAAGAGGAUAGCAAGACGAGCACAGGAGCGCACCUGAUGAGCAUCAAAAGUCAUGAUACGAUCGUUGUAGAGCCAGCUAGCAGCAGGAUGUCGAGCAUGGGAGCGGGCAUUGAGAUGCAGCCCAUAGGACACUUGGGAAACAACGUGCAUGUUGGGCAAACAGAUCGUGGCAUGGCUCCCGCCGAUUUGACCCAUAUGGUGUCAUUUGUAGACGUUUUGUUUUCCGAGUGCAUGGAAGGCCGUCAAUAA